CUAAAAGCUAAUGAAAUUUGGCAUAGUCCACAUUUUGAUCCGAAGAAGAAAGUUGUCAUACUGGCUACCGGCUGGACGACAACAAUCGAAAAUAAUAGUGCAAUCGAUACGAUUGGCAACGCUUACAAUUGUCGUGGUGAUGUGAAUUUUGUGGCCGUCGAUGCGGCGAACUUUGUCGAUACCCUUUACAUCUGGUCUGCAUUCAACACCGAUGAAAUUGGCGAACAUCUUGCUGAAGGCCUAGUGCUGCUAACUGACAUUGUACCGGUUGAAAAUAUUCAUCUCAUUGGCCAUAGUCUGGGGUCACACAUUGUCGGCGCUGCCGGUCGCUACUUCAGCUACAAGACCGGCAAAAUUCUACCACGUAUUACUGGCUUAGAUCCAGCAAAACCCUGUUUCAACGAAGGCCAAAUGCUAACUGGAUUAAUGCGCGGAGAUGCCAAAUUCGUCGAUGUAAUACACUCAAAUUCGGGUGUUUUGGGGAA